UAGCCAUUCUGUCAUUUACCAAAAAAUCCCAAUCGGCGAUUCAACGGCGCCGACUAAUUCAAUGUCGACAUGGACGAGGGACGACGACAAGCUCUUCGAACACGGCCUGGUUUUGUACCCUGAAAACGUCGCCGACCGGUGGCAAUUGAUCGCCGAUCAUGUCCCCGGAAAAACAGCGGACGAUAUCAUGGCUCAUUACGAUGACCUUGUUCACGAUGUAUUUGAAAUUGAUUCCGGUCGGAUUGAUCUACCGAGCUAUACGGAUGAUCCGGUUGAAUUGGAAGGCGAUUGCCAGAUUUCAUCGGGAUCAAACAAGAAGAAUAAUGAAAUUGAGAGGAAAAAGGGUACACCAUGGACUGAAGAUGAACACAGGUUAUUCCUUAUCGGUCUGGACAAAUACGGGAAGGGUGACUGGAGAAGCAUUUCAAGAAACGUAGUGGUAUCAAGGACACCAACGCAAGUGGCUAGUCAUGCUCAAAAAUACUUCAUUAGACAACAGGCGAUGAAGAAAGAACGGAAAAGGUCCAGCAUCCAUGAUAUUACAACUGCAGUGGAUACCAACCCAGUCCCUCCUCAAAGCAGCUUUCAAAACCAAAGUGGCAGUCAAAAUUUCAACUUCGCAAUGUAGCAGGAAACAAAAAAAGAACACUCAUACCUGUACAUAGACGAACCACCUGCAAUCAAUGCUCGAACUUGUAAAGUUUAUUGUACUUUCUAGUUGACAGUAUUUUAGUUAGUGAAUCCAGGAGCUUAAAGAUCAGUCUUUGGCGAGCAGAAUAGUUGAUGAAAUUGUUGGCAAAAUGGUUGAAGAACAGAAUGGUGUUAAACUUUUU